GCGUGAAGCUUGGAAGCACUCCCCGGCAGUCCAGAGAGACUCUCUCGACGCAAGAGAGAGAAAGAGGCAAAUCUGACAAUUACCAGGACCACCAGGUGACAGAAGUCAUCAUAUCCAGUCCGAUCCCUCCGAUGCAGUUCCCUCACUUUGAGAAGAGUAAACAGACGGCUGCUCCUGGGUCCAGAGAGCAGAGCAGACGGACGCCCACAACUGUGUCUCGGGAGCAGGACAUGUCCUCCCUUAAUGUCUCCAAAAGACACCGCAAACUGCUGAAAACAAGUCCCCCUGUCCAUCACGACAGUAAAAGUGAUUCCUCGCCCUCUUCUUCUUCCUCGUCAUCCUCCUUGUCUGCUUCCUUGCCCUCAUCCUCAGUCCCCCCCCCUUCUGUUUCUGGCUCUUUCACCCCUGAUAAGUGGAAAAAGCUUGUCUCUAUACAGGAAGCGCGCCGGCAACUGAUGAAGGAGAUGUGCGCCAAGUACAAAAGCAGCAUCUCCAAGACCAUCACAGGCCACCACGUGAGAAACCUCUUUGUGGAGGACAAGUACAAGUUAUUGUACUGCCAGGUGCCCAAGGCAGGCUGCUCCAACUGGAAGAGGACCCUGAUGGUUUUGGCGGGAAAGUCUCCCAAUGCUCAGAGCAUCAAACACGACACAGUUCAUGACGGCCACCACCUCAAGGAGCUCAACUCCUUCGACCGAAAGGGAAUCAUGCACCGUCUGGAGACUUACACCAAAGUCAUUUUUGUCCGAGAACCCUUGGAGAGAAUGGUGUCGGCGUACCGGGACAAGUUUGAGAACCCUAACAACUACUACCACUCCUUGUUUGGGAAACCCAUCAUCUCCAAAUACAGGGUGAACCCGUCGUUAGAAGCGCUGAAGACGGGCAACGGGGUCACGUUCAAGGAAUUUGUGCAGUACCUUCUGGAUGUCCAUCGGCCAGCGGGAAUGGACAUCCACUGGGAUCAAGCCAACCAGCUGUGCAACCCGUGUCUCAUAGACUACGACUUCAUCGGCAAGUUCGAGAACAUGGACGAAGAGUCCAACUUUCUCCUGCGAUUGAUUGGUGCGCCACCCAACGUCAAGCUGCCAAAUUUUAAAGAUAGGAACCCAGCCGAUAAGAGGACCUCUACGCAGAUCACAGAGAAAUACUUUUCACAGGUCAGCACGUUGGAGAGACAGCGGAUCUAUGACUUCUACUACACAGACUAUUUGAUGUUUAACUACACUAAACCUUUUAAAGAUUUAUAUUAACUAACUCCUAUCAACUCUUGAAUCACAGUUACAUUCCACGUCUUCAUCGCUACCAUGAUAGAAAUCAUAAUUCACAUGCUCACAUGGAUCUAAGCAGAGGCAUCAGAGAGACUGAACUUCCUCCGAAAAAGCUGCCUUUUGUGUAAAAAUUUCUACAAGAUUCUUCGUUCUCAGACGACUAUGAGAUGAAAGGUUCUUGUACUAACAACAACUCUAAAUUGCCCUUGUAGGAAGUUGUUUAUUCCCUACUAGCACAUGGUGAGGUAGAAUAUUACAUUGAUAAAUGUUAUGCUUGUGAAAAGCUUUAAAAUUAUGCCUAAUAUCCUUUAAGUCAAAUCAGAUUUUCAAAUGCUUUUUAUGAUUUGAGGUUCCACUUGGGUGCAAUUCCAUUAAGGUUUUUAUCACACUACUUCAGUCUGAAGUGAUUUAUACAAAACAGUAUGUUAUAUGAGCCCCUAUUAUCUACCUUUAAGAUACCGACGCUUCGUAUGAUAACUUAUGAACAGUGUUCAAAUGUUCAGUGUUAAAUGCAUCCAGUAAUUUUUAGAAACUUGAUUCGCUUCCGGCAACAAAACUUGAAUGUAAAGUUUAUGAAAAAAUCAUUCUUUGUUCUAGAUACAAUGUAUGAGAACAACCGUAAAUAAUGCACAACAAUAGUGGGUACGGUUCCUGUUUGAAAUCAGAUGAGGAAAAUCUAAUAAUCAACGUAAUAACCUGCGAUUUGGACUCAUGUAAUGUUCUUUUUGACUUACAGUAUGUUGGGCAUAACUAUACCUCUAUGUAUCAAUGAAUACUAAUGCAGGUAUUUCAUGUGAAUGGUUUUACUGAUGCUAAACUGUAAGAAAAUGAAACACUAUAAAUUGUAUAAAUCUGUCAAGUGUGGCCCACUCCGAAGCUGUGUGCACUUACUGUAGCAUUUUUGUACUUCUAACGUUGUGCUUUUGUCUAACACAUACAUGUGCUGUGCUGUAGGUCACUAAGAGGUAUUUACUUGGGUGGUUGUAGUUUAAUGCAGGACAUCCAGGUAUUUACAGGGUAUUAUGUGUGGCUGCCAAUAUUUACUAAUGCCUAUCAGUGUUACAGACUUGAUAAUCAAUCAGUUACUAGAUUAUGUUGAUGGCGGGUAAAAGUCAACAACAACAAAAACACAAAAACAGACUUUCUGACAGUUUAAAAUGUACGAUUCGGACAUUUUUAAAGAGUGUGUGCAAACUAAACACGCCCUGAACAGCUAUCACUUCUCACACCAUCAGCCUCUCUACACCAUCUGUAUGUAACACAUCUACUCUACACCACCAUAUAGGCUUUUUUCUGACACUACUGUGUACAAUUGUAUAAUGGGCAUUCAGAUGACUCUAUAUUUUUAUAUGUAUUUCUAAAAUAUACAGUAUAUAUUCCGUGGUUAUGGUGAAGGUAGUACAUUUAUUUCCUUUUUGAUGUCAUUUGUUGUUCUUUCAGUAAUAGUGUAGAGUUGUUGUGUGCCAGAUGAGUUUCUUUCCAAAACGAAAUAUCCACCAGCUACAAACCACAUGCUAACUCUGAAGAAACUUAAUGACUGCAUUGAAGAAUUGAUUCCCCUCUGUACUUUGGUUGUAACGAAAUAAUAGUUUUUCUUUAGAAAGGAUAAUGGGUAUAUGCAUUUUUGUAAAUUAGCUCUGUAAUUAUUAUCCCUGAUCUGUUCUUCUCAAUAUGAAGAUAGACCCUGUACAGAUGAGCUGCAUUCCACCACCAUGACAUUUUUACACAUAGCAACUCCUCUGUCUGUGUGUGUGUGUGUGUGUGUGUGUGUGUGUGUGUGUGUGUGUGUGUGUGUGUGUGUGUGUGUGUGUGUGUGUGUGUGUGUGUGUGUGUGUGUGUGUGUGUGUGUGUGUGUGUGUGUGUGUGUGUGUGUGUGUGUGUGUGUGUGUGUGUGUGUGUGUGUGUGUGUGUGUGUGUGUGUGUGUGUGUGUGUGUGUGUGUGUGUGUGUGUGUGAUUUACAAUUUGUUUCCUAUUGAAUACUUGUAUACACAACUGCUAAAAGACACAAUUUGAAGGUAUAGUAUUUUGUGUGUGGGUAACAUGCUACACUGCUAAGGUAAAUUCCCAACACACCUCCCAGCUGGCACGAAAAGUAGAAUCUUUAUUUCAUGAAUUAUUCCUUCAUGCAGGUCAGAUCACAUGACGAUGUGCACAAGUGAAAUCAGCGCAGAGAGCACUCAAACUGUUUUAAAUUAGGGCUCUCCUAACAGUUUUUCUAAGACUCAGAUGUCUUGGAUACAAUAAGGUUUAAUGAGGUUUUAAAAAAAGGACAAUCCAGCACAUGAUCACGUACUGUAAAUAUCCAAGAUUAUAUUGACUGACAGGUGAGGUUUGUCCCCCAAAGAUCUGAGUUUAAAUCUUGGUUUAUACAUUAAUAUAUUGGGGUAAAUACAGUGAAAUACGUUGAAAAUACAUUUAAUAACUUAAAUCAAGUUAAAGUGUGAAGCCCGGCAACAACCAAAGUGAGUAGCAGAAUAUUUUAGCAGAGGGCACGAUGCAAACGUUAUUAAUUGUGACGCUGGGAACGACCUAUGGCUAGUCUCCUAUAUAGUAGCUAUACGCUUUGCAGCUCACUGGAAAUGUGUUUUAUGUAACAAAAUACUACCCUAUACACACUAUAAUCAAUCUUUAACAAUUUUGGUGGUAGUACCCUUUCACGGUGAUGGUAAUUGUAUGAACUUUUGUCAGUAUACUGUGUUGGCUUUUGCAAUUCCAAAAUCUAAUCCUUGUUUAGUUUGUGGUCAGAUUCUAUGUAGCUAGGUAUAGCCAAAAGCAAAAAGCUACUGCAUUAAGACGAGUAUUACUCUUGCAAAUACUCCGUCCCCCCCGCCCCGCCCCUGCUAAUAAAGUUUUCUUGGUAUGUGGGUGUAUGGACAGAUUUAUCAAAAGCGUAAUUACAGUAACAAGUGAAUGUAUAACUGUUAAUUGUUGGUGCAAAAGUGUAUAAAAUAUGAUCUUAAGCCCUUUGCCUUAUUUUACACUGCCAAUCAAAUGGUGUAUUUCAGGAAGACAUUCUACAGGAGGUUAUUAUUUCUGGCUAUUUUCUGUCUACUAAUAAAUUGUCUUUAGCAUUUUCA